AUGCAACCUCCCGACCUCCUCCCCUCUUCCACGGCAAUACACGAUGCGCUUGCUACGGCAUCGCAAACAUCGCCUCUGCUCGGUGGCAUCAUGACAACCUCCACUACUCUUAUGUUUAGCAUAGCGACUGCUGCAGCCUCAACUACGCAGGCCUCCUUGUUCCCUCUUACUUCGGCCUUCCCAUCGACGCCAGCAUCUGUCGCCGACACAGAUGACGAAAGCAGCGGCGAAUGCAAAUUACUCGGCCCUUUUGCCAUUCUUAUCCAAGGUGCCCUGGGCGCGCUUGCCCUUUUAUCUCUUGUAUACAAAAGAUGGAGAGAAAGACCGCAGCGGCCUCUGAAGAUCUGGUCCUUUGAUGUAUCGAAACAAGUGGUCGGAUCGAUCCUCCUACAUCUGGCCAAUCUGCUCAUGUCCAUGUUUUCUUCAGGACAAAUCGAAAGGGCUCUGGCAAAGGCUGCAGCCAGUACCCUCGGUACCGAGACAGAUGAUGUGUACAGGCCCAACCCCUGUUCUUUCUACCUUCUAAACCUGGCCAUUGACACGACGAUCGGAAUUCCUAUAUUGAUAUGCAUACUGAGAAUCCUCACCAUUGGCGCGAGUUACACUCCUCUUGCAAGGCCGAAAGAGUCAAUAGAGUCCGGGCAUUAUGGGACGCCACCCAAGGUUACCUGGUGGUUGAAGCAGUGUCUGAUCUACUUUUUGGGCCUGCUGGGAAUGAAGGCGUGUGUAUUUCUGAUUUUCCAGCUGUGCCCUUGGCUAGGCCGAGUCGGUGACUGGGCGCUACGCUGGACGGAAGGCAACGAAGCGGUGCAGAUUGCUUUCGUCAUGCUUAUCUUCCCACUGAUCAUGAACGCGCUGCAAUAUUACAUUAUCGACACUUUCAUCAAGAACAACAAGGGUCCCCGAGACGCCGACGCGGAAGAUCGGGAACGUGGAGCCGAAGAGGAGCAUGGCGGACUACUCGAGGAAGACUAUCCCGACCAUGGUCACUCUAUUGACGAAGAUGAGGCAUGUAAACCGUCACCUCCGCCUCUCAAGGCCCAGGCCCAAUCUCAGAGCAGAGCCAUCAUCACGUCUUAUGACCCGGACAAGGACGGAGAGGUGGAUGCAAGUGGCUCCCAGGGGGAAAGUAGUUCGCUCGCAAGUCACGCGGAGGAAGAGGCCGUGGAACAUAGGCCGCGCAUUUGA